CAUGUGAGCGCGCGCAUGACGUCAUGUGAGUUCUGCGCGCUCCUGGAGGGUCCUCCUCAAACACAACACGACGAUACAGGGCAGAGGAUCACCAAUUGUGUGAGAAAAUGACCGUUAUAUCACCAAAAGAGUCAUUUAAAAUUCACUGCUAAUCAGGAUAACAGAUUUCCCUGACUCCAGCCAUGUCUUGUCGUGACAUUCACGCCACCAAUGCCUUUGCCUUCAUCGUCGCGAUGCUGUCGGUGGGCGGGUUGACCGUCGCUACGCUCAUUCCUCAGUGGAGAACCACACGCCUGCUUACCUUCAACCGCAAUGCCAAAAACGUGACCGUGUACGAUGGCCUGUGGACCAAGUGUGUGCAGCGAGAUGGUUCUUCGGGUUGCUAUUACUUUGAUGCGGACUGGUACUCUAAAGUAGACCAGUUGGACCUCAGACUGCUACAGUUUUGUUUACCUGCUGGUCUGCUGUUUUCCAGCUUGGCUCUUCUGCUCUGUCUCACUGGCAUGUGUAAAACCGCUUGCUGCUCCAAAACUCCUGACGACAUCAAGAACUCGCACUGCUUGGUAAACAGCUCAGGCUGCCAUCUCGUGGCUGGGAUGCUUCUGUUUCUAGGUGGGGCCAUCGCCUUGCCACCCUCCGUUUGGUUCCUGUUCCACACGCGUGACCUUAACGAGCGCUACGAUAACCUGUUUGCCGUUGAGUUUGGGGUGUAUGUAGCCAUUGGCAGUGCAGGUGGUCUGAUCUUAGCUGCUCUGCUGAUGUUUAUGUGGUACUGCAUGUGUAAAAAACUGCCUUCACCCUUCUGGUUACCUCUCCCUGAAGUGCCAACAAUGACCAACAGCCUCUCCGCGCAGCCCCUCAUGACCAACGGCUUGCCUUCUCCUGUGACAUACGCCCCACAGAGCUUCCCUCCGGCUGUUCUGGAUGCCCCCGCUUAUGUCUCAGCACAGGGGUACCCUCAACCUAUACCCACGCAGCCUAUGCCGCCCCACGUCUACAUGCCACAGAUGUCUAUGCCUGAUGGUUAUGGCUCAGAAGUCGGAGCCUCACAAGUAUAUAGCUACGCCCCCUCGCAAAGCUACGCGCCUUCUCAGGGAUACGCCCCCUCGCAAAGUUACGCCCCCUCACAGAGGUAUGCUGGGCACCGCUAUUCCACACGUUCCCGUAUGUCAGGCAUUGAGAUUGACAUUCCCGUCCUUACAGACUGACACUGAGUUGAGGUGUUCACAGCUGUUUUAAAUCAAAGAGGUCAAUCUGUUAUUUUAUGUUUAGGAAUUAGAAAACAGCUGUGAACAAAAUGGUAAAUUGAAAGAAACACCUUUAUUCCUUUGAUGUAGCAGGUGCCUCUUGGUUAAAGCACUGAAAAUGGCCAAAAAGUGAAAAAUGGUCAUGAAAGCAAUAACACAAGUGGAAUUAGGAAGUCAUGCCUUGCUCUCUUAAUGUUCUUUAUUCAUAAAACAAACAAAACAUAUAUAUGUGUAAACUCUUCAUAAUUUCACUGAGUAUGUUGCAUUAAAUUUAAUGACAGGUUUACAUGUUUACAUAUGAUUUACACAGAAAUGAAUUUUGCUCAUGUUUCAUAACCCUAAUGUUUUUAUUAAUCUCAAUAGUAACACUGAACUUAAUGUUGAUGUUAAGCACUGUAGUAACCUGUUAGUGAAUGUCUACUAAUAUCUAAAUGUGAUUAUUAAUUGCAUUAAUGCAACUGCUUGCACUCAUCUCUGUGGCUUGUAUUACUGUCAGUGCCAUGAAGUUCCACAUUUGCUGUUUAGAAAUACGUUGCUUUAUUGUUCUAAAUUCUAAUACCUGAACAUUGUUUUUUGUUUGAUUUUUUUACUCCAUGCGUUUGUUACAUAAUAUGUGAAGGAUAAAUCAUUUUUACCUGCUGUGUUUAUUAUAAUUAUCUUUGAAAUUGAUAGAAAUUUGUCUUUUAAUUUCUGUCCUGUUUUGGUCAAAAUGUUAAAUGAACACUAACAUUAUAGGAUCUGUUUUUGUGUCCUUUUAUACACUGAAGAAGAGUUUGCAGGUUUUAGAAAAUGACCUUUGUAGUUCUACUCAUGUUACUCUUUUCUGCCUGAUGCCUUUGAAAAGUUUAACUACUCUUAUCAAGACUGUACUUCCACUUUUUGAUUUAUCUGUAAUAAUGAGCCUUACAUGAGUAACAAACCUUUAAUGAAACACUGCAAUACAUUCCAGUCUCUUCAUUUUAGUGCAAAAUCUGCAAAUGUUUUUGUUGUUGCUUUUUAAAGGUGCCACACCAGAGAUGUCAUCACUAUGUAAUUCAGCGGAUUUGAAUAAUGAAUGCUCUUCUAAUGUUUGUUUACUGUUACGUAGUCACUCGUUCCAUUGCUGAAAUGAGAGAAAAACACUAAUGUCUUAAAAACAAAUAGUUUGUCUUACAUUGCCUAUGAAAUAUUGCACAGAUCUAUUUCUUUUUGCCUUUUUCUGCUAAGCUCUGUUGCAAAAUGUUAAUUUUAAUUGUUUAUUUUAUUUUUAUUUACAUAGUGUAUGGACUACUAGUGUCUUGAAUGCUCUUUAUUAAAGUUCAGUUUAUUGAA